CUUUCCCUUGUAUUUCCCCAGAUCUAGCGGUGACAUCAUAAUUAUAUCUCUAAUAUAAAAUCCAGCUCGCAUGCUUUGAACAAAAACUUCACUUUGAAAGAACUUCACCUUCUAGUGCUUCUACUAACUGACCAGUGUCUUAAGGUGACUACACUGAGGUAAAUGCCCAGUAGAUGGCCCUAGCUCUGACUAGCAGUCAUACAAAAAGAAAGCUACGAGAACAUGGGAGGGGAACAGAGCUCUGCUAGAUACUCGCCCUGUGGCCUCCGGUCAAAAAACCAUGAGCAAACCCCUGAACCUUGUGAUGUCAUAGCCAUUGUUAAGAGCUGCAGAAAAGACAAGUUUCGAGGGUUGAUUCAAGCCUUGGUCUACAGUGAUGGAAACGUUAACACUACUGGGGAGCAUGGCAUGACAGCCCUUCACUAUGCAGUACUGAAUGAAGAUGAACUUAUUAUCAAGACGCUUGUUGUGUUUGGUGCCCACUGUAAUGCCAGGAAUGACUUCAAACAGACACCUCUUGACAUGGCCAUUGAAAAUAGAAAAGACAAUGUCGUUCCCUUACUGGUAUCAGUCGGGUGUAAGCAAGGCUGUGUGGUAGAGAGUCCCUCAUCCAGCUCCCUGUACUAUGGCAUCAGCCCUGAGGAAGAGGUGGACAUCCCAUGCAAUGACUCCAACCCUGUGGAUGACGGGCUCAAGAGAGCAAAGCAUGUCCUCUCAGAUCAGAUUGAAGACCACAUGAGAAGUCGUUUGAUUGGCUCUACUUCAAUCAGGCCUGACGAAGCCUACGUGUAUCUUCUACAGCAGCGAGAACUUCAAAUGUUCAAAACUGACAAUGGAGAGAGGUGUGCCACUCCGUUUGAUCACGAUGUAACCCCUCCUCCAAUGGAGUUUGCAUCUCAGGGAGGAGCCAGAAUUUUGAGUCUAGACGGUGGAGGAAUGAGAGGACUUAUUCAACUUGAGAUCCUUUUUGAGAUAGAAAAGAUGACCGGGAAACGAAUUGUUGAGCUUUUUGAUUGGAUCAUUGGCAACAGCAUUGGUGGAAUAAUGGCUUUGGGUUUAGUCUAUGCAGACAUGACUAUCCCUCAACUGAGGAGAAUGUAUUUCCGUCUCAAGGACAAGGUGUUUUCAAGCAAGAAGGGGUUUGGUGGCUACAACACUAAGGUUUUAGAGGAGCUCUUACAGGAAGUGUUGGGGACUGAACAGAGAAUGUGUGACCGCAGGCACCCAAAAGUGUUGAUCACAGCUGUGGACAAGUCCAACACACCCAUGAACAUCCAUUACUUCAACAACUGCUUUGAUGAUCAGUUUAGCACACAGCCAGUCUGGAAGGUAGCUCGGUAUUCAAGUGCUGCUCCCCUCUACUUCAGUGAGCUGGACAACUACGUUGAUGGUGGUGUAAUGGCCAAUAACCCUUGUGAUGGAGGACUUGCCAAGAUUCAGUCAUUUUACCAGGCAAAGAACCAACGGAUGCCCAUAUCCUGCAUGGUGUCCGUGGGAUCAGGACUUUUCCCUCCCAGCAGACUAGGAAAGAUCAGCAUCUUUGGGGGAGUCCAGAAUCUAUUCAGAAUGCUUAGCGAUGCUCUCGGGCAAUCUGAGGCAAUUGCUGAUCGAUGUAAGACCAGCUGUGAGGCUCAGGGCAUUCCCUUUUAUCGAUUCAGUCCUCCUCUGGACGAAAAAAUUGAGCCAACAGAAACCGACUCUCGUAAACUUGUUGACAUUAUGAUACUCUCAAGAAUGUACAUGCACGGCAUGGAAGAUUACAAAUCAGACAGGUUAUUACCCCUUUUGCUGCAAAUAACUGGUACCGCAUAGACUUCACUCACAUUUGCAAUCGACAUUAUUGUGUGUGUAUUUUUUUGUUUCACAUGACGUUGUAUUAACGCACUCAGGUUAUGAUUUUGUUUGAAUUUUGUGUUAUAUAAUUCAUCACGCAUGUACAUACCCUCCUUCCCUCUCAUGAUUUUUUAAUCCAUUUUUGAUCUGUAUAAUACACUCACAAUUACUGGCACAACAACUUAAUAUUACAAUAAUUUGAAAGUGA